AUGGAAAAGGAAACAAGUGGUUCUUCCACAGCUGAUCUUGUCAAGGACACUUGGACUAAAGAUUGGGUCAGUUUACAGCUGGACCAACUUGUCUGUGCAUGGAGAUGUCACAGCGCAAUGAAGUGCUGUCUCAUCCUUGCUCUCAUGAGCACAGUGGGAACUGUUCAGCACAAUGUUUCCAAGGAGAAAUUGAACUCCUUAGAAGGUUAUACUAUUCCUUACCUGGUCUACCUGGAUUCCAAGCCAGAACCCUGUGUGGGGUCUCUCAUUCACCCUGAGUGGGUAUUGACGGCUGCUCACUGCUCCUUACCUGUUAAAAUCCGACUAGGAGUUUAUCAACCCAGCACCAAAAAUAAAAAGGAACAUUUACGAAAUUACUCAUUGACUCUGCCCUACCCUGGCUUUGAUGCACAAACUCUGGAAAAUGACCUGAUGAUGAUCAAACUGUCAAACCCUGCACCACUCAACUCACAUGUGGGAACCAUUGCCAUAGCCUUGGAGCCCAUAGUAUUUAAUGACUCCUGCUUUAUCCCAACCUGGACCUGGAAUGAAUAUAAAAACCUCAGUCAUCCUGACAUCCUGACGUGGAUAAACCAAUAUUCUCUUCCAUUAGCUGACUGCCAGAGUAGACUUCAACAUGGCCUGGCAGCGAAUAUCAUGUGUGUAGGAGAACCUCUAAACACCAUCUCUAAAAAUAAGGAAGUUUCAGCUGCUCCUGCCAUCUGCGAUGGUAGGUUACAUGGAAUAUUGUCCUGGGCAAAAGGAAGUGUCACCCUGGGAAGUGAAGGGUUCUUCACAAGUGUCCAUAACUAUGCAAGAUGGAUCCUGAAAAUCAUAAACACCCACUGA